CCUCUCCCUGUCCGUGACGGUUGCCAUGGAGACUCCGUUCUACCACGACGACGUGCCGGCCGCGCCCAGCUUCAGCCAGGUGGCCGAGUACGAGCGCUACCCGGGCGGGAAGAUGCUGAUGAGCAAGAAGGCGGCGUCCCUGGGCGGCGGCCACCACUUCCUGGGCGGAGGCAACGCCGCGGCAGGAAGGAGCGGUAACCAUGGCAACCUGGGCCUUCCCGGCAGCAGCGCCCUGAUGGCGCCCGGCUCUUCUUCCGCGGCGGCGGACAUGAACCUGCUGAAGCUGGCGUCCCCGGACCUGGAGCACCUGAUCAUCCAGUCCAAUCAGGGCCUGGUGUCCACAAGCCCCGCCUCCAGCGCCGCCAACCCCUUCCUGUACCGCAGCCCCGCCACCAACGAGCAGGAGGGCUUCGCCGACGGCUUCGUCAAGGCGCUGGCUGACCUGCACAAGCAGAACCAGCUGGUGGGCGGCGGACACGUGUCCCCGCCUGCGUCCUACCAGAGGAACCUGAUGUCCGGCGGAGACAUGCCCGUCUACACCAACCUGAGCAGCUUCACCCCGGGGCAGAUGUCCUACCCCGGGGGGCAGAUGGCGUACGGCGGCGGGCCGCAGAGCCACGGCCGCGGCCCGGACUCCCCUCAGACCGUCCCCGAGGUCCCCCACCCGCCCGGCGACCCCGCGUCCCCGCCGUCCCUGUCCCCCAUCGACCUGGAGACGCAGGAGCGAAUCAAAGCCGAGCGCAAGAAGCUGCGCAACCGCAUCGCCGCGUCCAAGUGCCGCAAGCGGAAGCUGGAGCGGAUCUCCCGCCUGGAGGAGAAGGUGAAGGUCCUGAAGAACCAGAACUCGGACCUGGCGUCCACCGCCGCCAUGCUGCGGCAGCAGGUGGCCCAGCUCAAGCAGAAGGUCAUGAGUCACGUCACCAACGGCUGCCAGAUCGCCGUGGCGACCGGAACCGCCGCCGCCAAGUCUGGACCCGGCAGCGAGAAUUCCAGCUGCUGAGCGGGACGACACCUGGACAGGUGAGGAACCGUCGGCCAAUCGGGCCGCAGCGGAGGCGGAGCCAGACGACUGAGAAUCGUUUCCGGUUUGGGAUUCUUUAAAAACCGGUUCUGGGAUUUAAACGUUUUAAAAUCUGACAGAUUUUAUUUGAACAUUUUACAGGAUUAAAACUGAAGAAACAUGAAAAUAAAAACUUUGCAGUUUGAAGACAAUUUUCCAAAAUGGAAACAAAAAACUUUGUAAAAAUGUUUUAAUUUCCAUAUUUUCACUUUGAACAGUUUCCAUCCAAAUCCAUCAUAAACUGUCAUUUUCUCUUCAUAUUUUGUUUAUGAUAUUUUAAAUCUUCUCUGCAGAAACAAGUUUCUUUAUUCUGUUUAAAAGAACAAACGUUUCUUUUCUUCUGCUCGGUUUACAUUUAUCAUAAAAACAACAAUUUGAUCAAAUGUUUUAACCUUAAAGGUUUUGGUGGAAAACAUGUUUUUUCUACAACAUGAAAAUAUUCAUGGAUGUAAAUUUAUUCCGAUGUUUGUGUUUUGUGGCUGAGCUGCUCUGACAGCAGCAGGUAAAAGUUUUUUAUUCUCAUCUUAUGCAGAAAAUAUUUUCUGAGCUGAACUUUGAGACGACGGGUAGAUUUUAUUUUAGAGACGAACGGUUUGAAGGGAAAUACUUUGAAUUAGGAGCUAAAUCAGAUUUUUUAGAGUGGAAAGUGAACGCCUCAUAGAGGCUUUCAGGGUUUGGUUUUUAGAAUAAAGCAGAUUAAUAAAUACACAAUGAAUCCAGUUUCGUCUUCAGAUUCCUGUCAGUUUUUAAAGAUUUUGGGGUUUUAUUGGGUUUAAACUGGAGGUUAAGUCAGUUUGAAGAGGAGACUAAACUGUAAGCUCAUUGUUGACUGUAUGAAAUGAAUUAUCUGCUUAUGUUUUGUCUCUAUAAGAUAUUGCUUCAGUUUUUUGUAAAUGUUUCUGAAUCCUGCAUGGAGAUUAUAAUCCGUUCCUCCAGUUUUAUGUGGUUUCAUGGAAAUUCACACAAAUUUAACUGAUCCUGCAACAAAAUUAUGACUUUAUUGCACAUUUCCUACAAAAACAGUCAAAAGCCUUGUGUUUACAUGAUGCUGCCUCCCACCUGCAGGGGGCAGUAGCUCUUCCUUCUGCUUGAUGUUCAGUUUCUGAUGGACGUCGCUAAAUUCUGCACAAAUAUUUCUAAUUGAUUAUUGACUGCAAAAUAAAAACUAACAAAAACAAUCAUAAAAUCCUGGAGGGAUAUUUAAUGACGCUCUGAAAAAAAGCACAAUUACUUUAAUACAAAAAUAAUAAUAGUUUUCCUCUACAGCUGUAUUUAUUCCACUUUUUCACAGCUUAGCGUUAGCGUCAGGAUCUGAGCAUCGUUUAGAUUAAUUAUAUGGACUCUGUGGCUGAAAACUGAUUAUCUAGCUGAAAUAUUUCUAAUAUUUCAGGACCACAGGAGCAGAAACUCGCUGCCGUAUUUUAAAAGAACAUUUCCUCUGUUAAAAAGACGAACCCAUCCAGUUCUGGUUUAUUUUGGUUUUAAUGAAAUGUAAAUUUCAUCAUAAUGAGAUGUUUCUGUAUUUAUGUCUGAGCUCCGGCAUUUUAAACACGUUUAGCUUAAAUACGAAAACCUGCUUAAUGCAGCGGCUAACUAGCAGCUGAUACAGCAGCUAGCAUGACAAAAACUACAGCAGCUAACAUGGCAGCUAUCAGGCAGCCGCUGACGUAACGUUAGCUACAGGCUAACUAGCAUAUUCUUUUCACAUUUUCCUUGAACUGACUGUUUACAUUGUUUUUAUUUUAAAAUUUAUUUAAAAUUAAAAAGAACUUGUCUGGCGACCGGAGAGUUUUCAAAACGUUAGCAUUCGCAUGCUAGCAGUUGGAGAAUUGUUAUUGAUUUACGUUGUAAAAAUGAAAAAGACCAAAAAUCUGCAUCAAACUUAAAUAGUGAUUUUAGAAAAAACAUAAAAGAUAUCAAACAGUCAUGAAAACAGCUGGAUGACUGAUGGAUGGAGCUUCUGUAAACAGAAGCAGUUAGCUGUCAAACAGCACAAAGUUUUUCUAAAUUUGACAAAACAAACAACCGUUAGCUUAGCAUCGAAGAACCGAUGCAGCGUCUGGUUUGACAGAAAUAUUUAAAAGUCGCUUUUCAAACAUUAAGUAGUGAAAUAAAAACAGAAUCAACAUAAAUAACAUCUUACAUGCUAACUAACAUGUAGCUGUAGCAGCUAGCAUGUGGCUACAGGCUUUUUCACGCACGAUUAACCACAAAAAAUUUAGUUUUAGUCUUUUUUGCUUCCCAUAAACACCAGCCCUAAUAUUUACAUAUUAAAUAUGUUUGUUUUACGUUUAAUGUGACAGAUUUUUGGUAGAAACUUUUCCUGACAGCGCAGCGCUGCGCAGCUCGUUAGCAUCAACAUGUCGACUUCUUGUAAAGAAAACCAAUCAGGAAGCAGAAGAUUCAUGACUGAAAUCAUUUCAGGGUUUGAUAGCUUCACAUCGUGAAGUGAUUUUUUACUUUAUGUAAAUAAAACUCAGUUUUAAGAUGAAGUUUUCUGAUGAAGCCGUUUGUUUGUUUUCUGUUUUUAUCAACAUUUAAUCCCAAACUUUCAGCCAGGAGGCGAAUCGACCCUUUAAUAUCACGACUGUUUUAUUCUGACUUCAACAUGCAGGCAGGUUUCACUGCAGGUUGUGAGAUUUUACAGAAAACAAUGAAAUGAAAACAACAUGGCGGAUUGGAGAAAGACCUUCCUGUUAAAAAGGUUGAAAAAUAUUUAUUUUUAAACUUGAACGAGGCUUUUUACCUCCUGAGGAUGAUAUUUUUGCACAGAUGUACAGAACUUGUUUCUAUGUUGAUGUGAUCAGAUUAAUGUUUGUAUUUAUUCUGUUUUUAUUGGACGUGUUGGUUUCUGCUGUCCUCCGCUGUUUUUGUGAUGAAGUGUUGAAACGUUUAACCCGAUCAUAACUGUGUUGUUUCUAAAUAAACUUUAUCGCUUGAUGAUGAUAAACUGA